AUGCAGAAUACUUUCCUGGUUGGAGUCGGCUGCGGCGGCCUGGGGGUAGGCGUUGUGGGCGUCGGGGUGGUGGGCCUGGUUGUUGUCGUUGUUGUUGAUGUUGUUGGCCUAGCUGUGGUUAGCGACGUCGUGGACGAGGUUCUGGAGCUGCUGGUGCUGGAGGUGCUGGUGCUGGAGGAGGUGCUCGUGGUAGACGAUCUGGAGGAUGAGGUUGUGGUCGAGGUUCUCAGCGUGCUUGGAGGCAGGCUAGUCGUCGACGUCCUGGAAGUCGACGACUGCAGAGAACGCGUGCUUGAGGAUGUAGGGGUACUUGAAGGCCAGGGUCAACGGCUCGAAUGA